UUUAGAAUUCUAGCGUAAGAUUUUUUGGUUAAUACGGGCACCUGGCUGGAACCUGCACGUGCACUAAAUUUGUUCGUAAGAGCAAAUGCCAGCCAAUCCUGUUGCUGGACAUAUUAGCGAAGGCGUCUGGCCAAUGACAAUGAGUGCUUACGAACAAAAACAAACGCUUUGGGAAUUAAGGCCCUAGUUGCUUCGACUCUACAAGCUUGCUCGCCAUAUAAAAAGACGGUACCAGAAAAUUCAGUCUGUCGAACGUGAUGAAAAUCGAACCCGUAUUGCUUACGCUUUCUGCCAGUGCCAGUAAAACGCAGAAUGGUCUGUAGAGCUAUAGGCUGUAUUUCUUUGUUUAUUAAGGUUCGUCGGCUUUGACCUCCAUUCCGGAUGCGAAGUAAUGAGAUCGCAUUUGCCGCUUCCUGUGCAAGAGUUCACUGACGUAUUCGGCCGCCCUCUAGAUAUCUCGGCUCCCUUAAGUUUCGACCUUGGCAGAAUUUCAUCACUCCGUUGAUAGGGGCCAAGUGUCUACGCAACGCGCUAAAGCAACAGUCGUGGCCACCAGCCUGCAUAUAUACUUGUUUUACCAGAGGGCCGAGCCAGCCGUUUCGGAACGCACCAAAGCGCGCAUGAAGCGCGAGCCUUUGUGGAAUCGCGUGUGCUGCUGAAGCAAACCUUACGUCUAAACUUUUUACUAGAGCUUUUCACCGCUCCGUGCCAAUACCUAAGCAGUGAUGAACGGGUGUCACAUCAAAAGUGUCCUCUUGAUGGUCACAAGCGGGUUUGUUAUCGCCGCAGAAGACAACCUGAUCGAGUCCUUCUACGAAAACCAGCGAGAGUCGCGACCUCGGUUCGUGAACCUGGCGAAAAUGGAGAACGCCAUCAAGGUGCAGCCCAUCGGCGGCAGCGCGAGACUCAGCUGCCGAGCAACAGGCGUGCCCGAGCCCCGGGUCGCGUGGUUCAAGAACGGCCAACCGCUGACCUUCGCCGCCUCCAACCGAGAGAGCGGACAGAGGUACACUCUACUGCUCACGGACCUCGCCCUCAACGACAGCGGCCAGUACACGUGCGUAGUCUCCAACCGACUUGGCUCUGUGCAGUGGACGUACACGGUCGAAGUUCACGAGAAAUUCAUCGCGACGCCCACCAUCGUCUGCCCGUUCUCCAACAUCACCGUGGCGGAAGGAGAAAGCGUGAGCAUCACGUGCGACGUUUACAGCCACCUGACGGCUUUCGUGCGUUGGAUCAAGCACUACCACAUCAGAGGGAGCUACUUCGAUCGGAACGGAGCGCCGUACGCUAAGUUGGUCAAGGACGCGGCGCUAGCCGACGUCACGGACCCUCACACGCUGACGCUGAAUGACAUCACGCUCGCUGAGUCCGGUUUUUACUCUAUACUGGCGAGCUCGCCAUCGGGGGCCUCGCACAAAACCAUAGAAGUCCUCGUCGUGCCGAGGCCUUUCCCAGGCCUCUGAGUUUCCCGGAUACUCUCACGAAAGAACUCCAGAACAAUGGUGUGUCUAUUUUAAGCGAGAGGGGAAAUUUCGUUAGACAUCAAAAGGCCACUGUUCCAGCGACCCACUUCGGAUAGAAGCUCGAUAGUGAAUUUCGGUGCGUGUACUAUAAGGGCUAGCGCUCGACGCUGUAAACAUAUCAUGGCCAACCUCGCCGUUUCAAGACACGUUAUUGAGGCGCAUUUCCCCACAUUAGAAAACGGUAGCUGUUGCCCUUUAUAUGUCACCACGCCGGUCUGUUAACGGAACAGUGCUAAUUUAGGCAGUGGCGCCAAACCGUGAAUAUAAGCCAGUGCGGCAUAUUCCGUACUCAAUUACGCUGUCGAUAAAAGUGCGAACAAGAAUAAAAGCUUGUCUUAUGUCUAAAAUUGUCCGACAACAAUUGGGCAAUAAGCUAUCGAUGCUUCCGCAGCAAAAGAAAAAGUAAGCAUGUAAAAAAAGACUAAUAUUUCGAACAGUUUAACGCAUAAAACGAGUACAACCUUUGACUCUGAUACGGCUAUGAACACCGCUGCAAAUUUGUAUUCAGAUGACAGCUCAAAAACAAAAAGAAAAGAAAAUUCACUAGAACCGCCAUUAGCUUACGUGUACGUAAGGAUUUUGUCGGAAUAGGAACCACCUCCUUAGCACUAACUAGUCAUUCAAGAAACAUUCUAGUAUGUUACACUAGAAAACACUGUUCAAGCUAUAUUCGAAACUAGUGAAAUGUACAUGUGGCGUUCGUGCGCCUGAAACAAGUUGAUGGAAAAAGAUCCUUGAGGAGCUACUGAUACAUUUGAGCACUCAUCUAUAGCGCUUGACAGGCAGAAUCAGUAACGAAAAUGUUUAGGCUGCCUUGCGUGAUGAAACAUUUCUGAUCGGACCUUUUGUUAUGAAAUUUGUUAUGCGGAAAGUUUUAUAUUGUGUACUGAAACAGAGUUUGAAGAUAGACGUCUGCAUAUUUUAUGCGACGCUGGUAUGUCAUCGGUAGUCUGUCUUUUCUUUCGUUGUUUUGACAGUAAUGAUUAGCAAGGCCAGCUUUCCAUAGCAGUUUGCUGCUUUCAGAACAAAAUUCACAUGCAAUAAUAGACAUUGUUUCCGCACCUCAGGUAUCCUUGAGAAUUCACGUGCCGGGUCCACCAUUUGUGGAAUGAACAAAGCGAGCUUUGAAAAUUAUGCUCCAUAAUCUGUUUUGUUGCUGUAUGUUUUCAGUGAUGGCGAAUAUGCAAGUGCGCCAAAGGAACAUUUUUAGCCGACAGAUAUGAUUGGCGCAUGAAGGGGCUAACCUUUUCGAUUAUUUUUGCGCAGCCUGUCCAGCCGUUACCGCCGUCACUUUCAGUAUCAGGCUAACCAUAGUGACAAAUAUAAUGCAAUAACAAAUGAUGUGGAAAACUACACUUUCAUCCCAAGCACAUAGGCAAUCCAAUUUGCUAUACAAACGCUUCGGCUGCUGUUUAAUACAGGAAGGGAAUUUGUUAAAAGCGUUAUCAUUAAAUGAAGUGACUCGGGAGUUGCAGGUCAUGAAAUUAUCUCUUGCUUUUCACCCAAUAGUGUGAGGCUAUGUUUAUGCGGCAGACAGGCGAAAUGUGGUAUGUGUUAAACUGAACUGAACUUUACUGACAACAAUGUCUACUGUCUGUUUAUCAACGCAUGUGUCUUUUAUUCCACAAAGAAAUAAAAAGUAUUCAGACGAAA